AGUCAGAGAACAAAUCAUCCCUUUCUAUUUUAUUUGUUUGCAUAUUCCGGAAUCCAAGUUUCAGCCUGCGUAUCAAAAACACUCUCACCGUCAUCGUUCUCCAUACAUAUCCAUUUCUCUUCUCUCUUAUACGACUGUUGUUAUGGCGCUUUCUUCAACUUUCUCUCUCGCAUUUUAGUACUUCCGUUUUAGUCUCGGUCCUUAACGCCUCCAUCUUCCUCGCCGAGUUUCUUGUUCUUCUUCCUCUUGCGUUUCCCGCCUUGAAGGUGUGAGUUGGAUUUAGAUACUGUGUUUCUGGAAUGGGUGAUAUGGAGGUUGAAGAGAAUGAUGUUUACGAAAAGAAGAUAAGGAUUGGAGUGUGCGUGAUGGUAAAGAAGGUGAAAUGCGACGCAAAGCUUAAUCAUGUGUCCUCGUCGCCAAUGAGACAAAUAUUAGAUAGAUUGGAGGCAUUUGGUGAAUUUGAGAUAAUAGUAUUCGGAGACAAGGUCAUUCUUGAAGAUCCAAUAGAGAGAUGGCCAGAUUGUGAUUGCUUGAUUGCCUUUUACUCCAGCGGCUAUCCAUUAGAGAAGGUUGAAAAAUAUGCUGCUCUUCGCAAACCCUUUUUGGUAAAUGAGUUGGAACCACAAUACCUUCUUCAUGACAGAAGGAAGGUUUACGAGCGUCUCGAAAUGUUUGGAAUAUCUGUUCCAAGCUAUGCCCUUGUGAAUAGAGAAGUGCCUUACCAAGAUGUGGAAUAUUUUGUUGAGGAAGAAGACUUUAUUGAGGUUAAUGGUAACCGUUUUUGGAAGCCAUUUGUGGAGAAGCCUGUCGAUGGGGAUGAUCAUAGCAUAAUGAUAUAUUACCCCAGUUCAGCAGGUGGCGGUAUGAAGGAAUUAUUUAGGAAGGUUGGUAAUCGAUCAAGUGAGUUUCAUCCGGAGGUUAGAAGAGUAAGGCGUGAGGGCUCGUAUAUAUAUGAAGAAUUUAUGCCAACUGGAGGAACAGAUGUCAAGGUCUACACUGUUGGUCCUGAAUAUGCCCAUGCUGAGGCACGCAAAUCUCCUGUCGUUGAUGGUGUUGUUAUGAGAAAUCCUGAUGGCAAAGAAGUGAGAUAUCCUGUACUAUUGACUCCUGCCGAAAAGCAAAUGGCUAGGGAUGUUUGUCGUGCAUUUAGGCAAGCGGUUUGUGGGUUUGAUCUUCUACGAUGUGAGGGCCGCUCAUAUGUUUGCGAUGUAAAUGGAUGGAGUUUUGUUAAAAAUUCACACAAGUAUUAUGAUGACGCCGCUUGUCUUCUCAGAAAGAUGUUUUUAGAUGCGAAAGCUCCCCAUCUUUCUUCAGCUAUUCCUCCUACUUUACCAUGGAAAGUCAACGAACAAAUCCAGGUCUCUGAAGGAUUAACUCGUCAAGGAAGUGGUAUUAUUGGAACAUUUGGCCAGUCUGAGGAAUUACGAUGUGUAAUUGCUAUCAUACGGCAUGGUGAUAGAACUCCCAAACAGAAGGUGAAAUUGAAAGUUACGGAGGAGAAGCUGCUCAACUUGAUGUUGAAGUAUAAUGGGGGGCGUCCAAGAUCCGAGACAAAAUUAAAAAGUGCUGUGCAGUUGCAAGAUCUCCUAGAUGCCACCAGAAUGCUUGUGCCUCGUACUAGACCAGAUCGGGAAAGCGAUAGUGAAGCAGAGGACUUUGAACAUGCAGAGAAACUUCGUCAAGUUAAAGCAGUGCUCGAGGAGGGUGGACAUUUCUCUGGUAUCUAUAGGAAGGUUCAGCUGAAGCCACUAAAAUGGGUUAAAGUUACAAAAAAUAAUGGUGAAGAGGAAGAACGGCCUGUGGAAGCUCUCAUGGUUCUUAAAUAUGGAGGUGUUCUAACACAUGCCGGUCGAAAACAGGCUGAAGAACUUGGAAGAUAUUUUCGCAACAACAUGUAUCCAGGCGAAGGUACAGGUCUGCUUCGCCUCCACAGUACAUAUAGGCAUGAUUUAAAAAUAUACAGCUCUGAUGAGGGUCGGGUUCAGAUGUCUGCAGCUGCAUUUGCCAAAGGUCUCCUCGACCUUGAAGGUCAAUUAACACCAAUUCUGGUUUCCCUUGUUAGUAAGGAUUCCUCUAUGUUGGACGGACUCGACAAUGCCAGUACUGAGAUGGAGGAAGCCAAGGCAAGGUUGAAUGAGAUCAUAACAUCGCAUGGAAAGAUAGCUCAUAGCAAUGGUUCAGCUGAAUCACCAUGGAUGACUGAUGGAGCAGGACUGCCUUCCAAUGCCUUUGACCUUCUACCCAAAUUGGUAAAAUUGACUAAGAAGGUCACUGAACAAGUGAGAUGCCUUGCUAAAGAUGAAGAUGAAGAGAUUACAGAGAAAAGUUUGUACGACAUAAUUCUACCUUAUGAUCAAGCAAAGGCCCUCGGAAAGACCAAUAUUGAUAUCGAUCGCAUUGCUGCUGGAUUACCUUGUGGCAGCGAGGGAUUUCUUCUCAUGUAUGCUCGUUGGAGAAAACUUGAAAGAGACCUGUAUAAUGAACGGAAAGAUCGCUUUGAUAUAACACAAAUCCCUGAUGUUUAUGACUCAUGCAAAUACGACCUCUUACAUAAUGCCCAUCUUAAUCUGGAAGGAUUGGAUGAGCUCUUCCAAGUUGCUCAGUUACUUGCAGACGGUGUCAUACCAAAUGAGUAUGGGAUAAAUCCAAAGCAGAAAUUGAAGAUUGGCUCAAAGAUCGCUCGCCGUUUGUUGGGUAAAAUUUUGAUUGAUCUUCGGAAUGCUCGUGAAGAAGCAAUUGAAGUUGCAGACUCAAAGGGUAAUCAAGAUCAUUCGAGGUUAACUGAAAAGAGAGAUGCAGACAAUCUUUCAAAGCCUUGCAGUAAACAUGAGGACAACAGAAAAGCCAGCACACCAACUGAAAUGUCAAUAGACCCAGAUGAUGAUGAUGAUAAGGAGACCAAAUAUCGCUUGGAUCCAAAUUAUGCUAAUGUAAAGACUCCUGAACGCCAUGUUAGGACACGCCUUUAUUUUACAUCAGAGUCACAUAUCCAUUCUUUGAUGAAUGUGAUCCGUUACUGUAACCUUGAUGAGUCUCUUGUAGAAGAGGAUAGUCUUGUCUGCCAUAGUGCUUUGGAACGUUUGCAUAAAACCAAGGAGCUUGAUUAUAUGAGUUAUAUUGUACUCCGGAUGUUUGAGAAUACAGAGGUGGCUUUAGAAGAUCCUAAAAGGUUCCGCAUAGAGAUGACAUUCAGCCGUGGUGCAGACCUGUCUCCUUUAGAGAAAAACGACAGUGAAGCAACGUCGUUGCAUCAGGAACAUACAUUGCCAAUAAUGGGUCCAGAGAGGCUGCAAGAAGUGGGAUCGUGCCUAACACUAGAAAAAAUGGAAACAAUGAUGCGUCCUUUUGCAAUGCCAGCAGAAGAUUUUCCUCCUCCAUCAGCUCCCGCUGGUUUCUCCGGAUACUUCUCCAAAAGCGCUGCAGUGCUCGAGCGCUUGGCGAACCUUUGGCCUUUCCAUAAACAUUCCUCUACUAACGGAAAGUAACCUGCUUCUUUUAUUCCAAUAAUAAUUUCCUUUUCAAAUAGCCAGCGAUAGUUUGAGUUUUAGUCUUGGGUUUUCUUGUGUUCAACAACGUAGGAAACUUGUUGAACGCGACCACAAAAGCUAGGUAAUCUAGCCAAUUUUCCUCCUGCCCUUUAUAUGUUGGUCACUGUAAAUAAUAAUGCUUUCGUUUUUUUUUUUUUUUUUUUUUUUUUUUAAAAAAAAAAAAA